AUCGAUUAUUCUUAUAGAAUAAUACGUACUUUACGAGAGUAUUUAUGGAUAUUUUUUCACUCUUAAACUUUAGAGUUUAACAUUAUACAUUUGUUAUAAACAAAAUAAAAUCGUUGAUAAAGCCAGUAGGAAACGAAAAUACCUAUCAACAAUCUCUCCUUGAACGACUUAUGAUAAACUGGCACUGUUUAAGCAAUACCUAUAUGUUGAACAUAAUAUACAAAAGUAUACAUCUAUGUAACAAUAACAUAAAAUAAACUAGCUAUAAAUGGACGAGGUAUGGGAAGACUUAUCCAAUAUUCCAGCAGAUCCACCAGAGAUGCGAGAAUUAUGUAAAGAUUGCAAGAGGCCAGCAGUCGUUUGUUGGUGUUCAGGCUUACCCCCUGAAAGGUUAAAACCACAAAGUACUAUAAUUCUGCUCCAACACCCUGCUGAAGAGAAGAGAUGUCUACGCACUGCUCCCAUGCUUCAGCUGGGUCUAGCAGAUAACAAGUGCCUUAUUUACAAAGGAAAGAAAUUUCCUCAGCCUCGACACGAAGCAUUGGAAAAUAUUCUAAAUCAACCUAAUACAGUGCUAUUGUACCCUAGUAAAACUGCCAUAGAUAUAAGAGCCUUAGAAAGCAACAAUGAAUCUUAUAAUAUUGUACUUAUAGAUGGUACAUGGCCACAAGCUAAAGCAAUUUAUGCAUCAAGUCCUAUUUUACACAAGAUAAAGCAAGUGAAGUUAAUUACCAGUAGUACAAGUAGUUACAUCAUAAGGACACAACCUACUGAAGGAUGUUUAAGCACUUUAGAAACUGCUGCAGAGGCUUUGUCACAACUAGAGAAUGAUCCAAAAUAUAGAGAGCAACUUGUACAACCAUUGCAUGUAUUGUGCCAGUACCAGUUGGAUAACGGUGCAGUCACUCAUCAGUCUAAAGAAUUUUUAAUAAAAACUAAAACAUAUCCCAAAUUGAUUGGAAAAAGACUUUCAAAGUUGUUGCAGUCUACAAAUGAUUGUAUUCUCAAAGAAACAAUGAAUAAACAUUGA